AUGCGAUUCUCUGCAGCUGCUCUCCUCUCGUCUGUGCCACUCAUUGCGGCUCAAACCUACACGAACUGCAAUCCGCUGCAUACCUCUUGUCCUCCAGAUCCCGCGCUGGGAAAGUCGGCCAGCUUCGACUUCACCAAAGGCGCCUCGGACCAGUGGACGCCCAGCGGUGGCACUCCCACGUACGACAGCAGCAAAGGCGCCGCGUUCACCAUUGCCAAGCAGGGCGAUGCGCCGCUGAUCACCUCGAAAUUCUACAUCAUGUUCGGCCACGUCGAGUACGUGAUCCAGGCCGCUCCGGGCACGGGCAUUGUCAGCAGCGCCGUCCUGCAGUCGGACGACCUGGACGAGAUCGACUGGGAAUGGCUGGGCGGCGACGACAGCAGCGUGCAGACCAACUACUUUGGCAAGGGCGACACCAGCACCUACAACCGCGCCGCGACGUACUCGGCCCCAAACAACCACGAUGGCUUCCACACGUACGCCAUCGACUGGACGGCCGACCAUAUCGUGUGGCAGAUUGACGGCACGACGGUGCGCACCCUCACUCCCGAGACGGCGGACACCAACCAGUACCCGCAGACGCCCAUGAUGAUCAAGGUUGGCAUCUGGGCGGGCGGUGAUCCCAGCAACCCGCAAGGAACCAUCCAAUGGGCUGGCGGUGUGACGCAGUACGACCAAGGUCCGUUCACCAUGUACGUCAAGUCGAUCUCGGUGACGGACUACUCGACGGGCUCGCAGUACAAAUACACUGAUGAGAGCGGCACCUGGGAGUCGAUUGAGGCCGUUGGCGGCAAGGUGAACGGGAACAGCGGCGCGGCCGUGUCGGUGGCCACGUCGGCUCCAGCGGUCACGGCCACUCCGGACAGCUCGCAGCCCAUUCCUUGGAGCGGCACGCAUCGGGAGACGUCCAGUUUCUCGACUCCCAGUAUCUGGCCCUGGGUGCCGGCCGCCUCCUCCUCGUUGACGGACACGAUCCCGAGCGGUUGGCCCAGUGCAUCGCCGCCCAGUGCGGUCUCUACAACCUCCCCAUCUAUUACCUCGUCUUCUUCCUCCUCGUCGGGUUCCUCUUCCCCCUCUGGCGGUGAGACGGCCGUCAGCUCACCCUCACAAACCACCGCCCCGUCCAGGUCAGGCCAGACGACGCUGGUGACUUCGGUGACCACCGCUUCUCCGCAGGCAUCAGGCUCGACGUCUGCGACGACGUCUGUCCCUCCGGCGCCCGCUAAGAGUGCGGCAGCGAGCCGGCUCGAGGCUGCGCGGGCUGCCGCUCUGUGCGCAGUCCUCGGAAGCGCAUUCCGUCUGUUGAUUUGA